UUGAGUGGGAAAAUAAUUGAGAGAUGGAAAAGUCUUAUUUUUGGUUCAAAACCUCACUUAAAGCCAUGAAAUACAUCUUUCUAGUCAUUUUUCUUGGCCUCGUCCACGGCCAAGAACUAGUAGUUCAUCAGGCGGAAAUGUGCAUGCCGGCCAUUACCAGGACAGAUCUGUACGAUAUCGCCUUGGUAGCUGGCGUCAAGAUGCUAAUCAGACAGAUCGAGAAAUCCAUCGAUCAGAAGCCACUCCCCACGGACUUGAUUGUCCAGGUCACCAACAUGGCGUCUUAUUAUUUUCUGGCCGGGAAGAAUGUUCGGUUCAUUCUGGAGAUGCUCUUUCUGGAUUGCACAAUAAACAAGCCACGUCCGGACGAAAAGCACGAUUAUGAAGUCCAGGGUGCUGAUCCGGAGAAGAGUUUUAUUUGCCUCAUGCAUGGCGAAGUGGAGGAGUGCUACUCGUAUCACUACAACCCGGAAGAGGACAUAUAUCCGGAUGAGCCGGAGAAGACAGCCACGACAGUGGCUCUUGGAAAUGCCACGGAGACUACAGCUAGCCCAACGGAUGAGAAGAAGCCAGAGAGUCCUGCAAAUGGAACUGUUGCUCAAAGGAGUGGACACCGUCCUCGCUUCAGAUCGAUCAUCCAAAAGAGAAGAUUUCGGUUUUAGAUUUUUGCAUUUAAUAUGUGUAUUAAAUGCAUUUCAAAUGUUUUUCCAUCUGGUGCACUCAGCAAAUUAAAAAGCAAAACUAAAAAAA